GACCUAUCGCCAUGGAUGCCCCGCCGAAGCUCGCUAAGGUCACCAAGGUCCUGGGCCGCACUGGCUCUCAGGGCCAGGCCAUCCAGGUCCGCGUCGAGUUCAUUGACGACACGCAGCGCUCCAUCCUGCGUAACGUCAAGGGCCCCGUCCGUGUUGGCGAUAUCCUCGUCCUCAUGGAGUCGGAGCGUGAGGCUCGCCGCAUGCGGUAAACGCAUCAAGGGGUUGAUGCGUUUCCCGCAUUCUCGUCAACCGUGGGCUGUAUGAUUGGGCGUCUGCGCCAGUCUCCUGCUAUGCAGAUGGCUUUGGUCGUGGUCGUUGUCUCUUGUACGGCCUGCUGGGCGU